CUAUUUGUUGUACUUGUUCUUUCUUUUCUUUCUUUCCCUCUUUUUCUGCCUUCUUUUGCUUUGAGCACUUUACAUGAUUCUAUUUUCUCUCCUUUCUUAGCCUACCAAUUAUACUUCUUUUUAAAAAAAAUUUAGUCAUCUCCCUAGAGUCUGUAAUAUAUAUUUACAACUAUUUUAAGUCCCCUCUCAAAUACUACUAUGCCAGUUCAAGAGUAAUACAUGUAACAUAUAAAGGACCCAUAGCCCCCACAAAAAUAGACACAGAAAUCUUCAACAAAAUAUUAUCAAAUAUUCAACCCAAAAUUACAUAAAAAGUGUUAAACACCAAAACCCAGUGGGGUUUAUUCAGGCAUGCAGGCCUACUUCAAUAUUCAAAUAUCAAUUAAUAUAAUCUACCAUAGUAAUGAACUAAAGAAGAAAAAAAUCACAUGACCAUAUUGACUCAUGCAGAAAAAUCAUUAGACAAAAGCCAAUGCCAUUAUUAUAAAAACUCUCAACAAACUAGGAAUAGAGGGUAACUUUGAACUUGAUAUAGAGCAUCUACAGAAAACCUACAGCUAACAUCAUAUUUACUGGUGAAAGAUAAGAUCAAGAAUAAGGCAAGGAUAACUGCUCUCAUUACCUUUAUGCAAUGUGGUGCUGGAAGUUCUAGCUAGCAAAAUAAGACAAGAAAAGGAAAUUAAGGUAUUACAGAUGGGAGAAAAUAUUUUCAAAUCAUACAUGUUACAAAGGACUUGACUCUAGAAUAUAUAAACAACUCUCAAAACUCAACAGUAACACCAACAUUCUUCACAGAGUUAGAGCAAACAAUUCUAAAAUUUGGAUGGAACCAGAAAGGAUCCCAAAUAGCCAAAGUAACAUUGAAAGAGAAAACCAAACCUAAAGGCAUCACAAUUCCAGACUUCAAGCUGUCUUACAAAGCUGUAAUCCUCAAAACAGUAUGGUACUGGCACAAAAACAGACACAUAGAUCAAUGGAACAGAAUAGAGAACCCAGAAAUGGACCCACAAACAUAUGGCAAACUAAUCUUCAACAAAGCAGGAAAGAAUAUCCAAUGGAAAAAAGACAGUCUGUUCAGCAGAUGGUGUUGGGAAAACUGGACAGUGACAUUGCAGAAGAAUGAACCUAGACCUCUUUCUUUCUUUCUUUCUUUCUUUCUUUCUUUCUUUCUUUCCUUCUUUCCUUCUUUCCUUCUUUCGUUUUUUAAUUUUAUUUAUUUAUUUUGAGAGAGAACACAAGCAGGGGAGGAGCAGAGAGAGAGAGAGAGAGAGAGAGAGAGAGAGAAUCCCAAGCAGGCUCCGUGCUGUCAGCGCAGAGCCCGACAUGGGGCCCGAUCCCAGGAACCAUGAGAUAAUGUCCUGAGUUGAAAUCAAGAGUUGAAUGCUCAACCAACUGAGCCACCCAGGUGCCCCUAGACCACUUUCUUAUACCAUACACAAAAUAAACUCAAAAUGGAUGAAAGCCCUAAACAUAAGACAGGAAACCAUCAAAAUCCUGAAGGAGAAAACAGGCAACAACCUCUUUGACCUCCACCUCAGUAACUUCCUACUUGACACAUCUCCAGAGGCAAUGGAAACAAAAGCAAAAAUGAACUAUUGGGACCUCAUCAAGAUAAAAGCCUUCUGCAAAGUGAAGGCAACUGUCAGCAAAACUAAAAGGCAACCAAUGUAAUGGGAAAUGAUACUUGCAAGUGACAUAUCAGAUAAGGGUUAGCAUCUAAAAUCAGUAAGGAACUUAUCAAACUCAACACCCAAAAAACAAAUAAUCCAAAUGGGCAAAAGACAUGAAUAGACACUUUUCCAAAGAAGACAUCCAAAAGGCUAACAAACACAUGAAAAUAUGCUCCCCAUCACUCAUCAUCAGGGAAAUAAAAAUCAAAACGACAAUGAGACACCACCUCACACCUGUCAGAAUGGCUAAAAUUAACAACUCAGGCAACAACAGAUGUUGAUGAGGAUGCAGAGAAACAGGAACCCUUUUGUACUGCUGGUGGGAAUGCAAAUUGGUGCAGCCACUCUGGAAAACAGUAUGGAGGUUCCUCAAAAAAUUAAAAAUAGAACUACCCUACGACCCAGCAAUUGCACUACUAGGUAUUUAUCCAAAGGAUACAAAAAUGCUGAUUUGAAGCACAUGCACCCUAAUAUUUAUAGCCGCACUAUCAACAAUAGCCAAAGUAUGAAAAGAGCCCAAAUGUCCAUCAACUGAUGAAUGGAUAAAGAAGAUGUAUCAAUAUACAUUAUAGAAUAUUACUAUAUUACAUUAUAAAUCUUACUCAGCGAUCAAAAAAAAAAUGAAAUCUUGCCAUUUGCAACAACAUGGAUGGAACGAGUGUAUUAGGCUAAGUGAAAUAAGUUUGUCAGAGAAAGACAAAUAUCAUGUGAUUUCACUCAUAUGUGGAAUUUAAGAAACAAAACAGAUGAACAUAGGGGAAGGGAAGGAAAAAUAAGAUAAAAACAGAAAGGGAGACAAACGAUAAGAGAUUCUAAAAUAUACAGAACAGACUCAGAGUUGCUGGUGGGGUGUUGGGUGGGGGGAUAGGCUAAACGAGCAAUGGGCAUUAAGGAGGGCGCUUGCUGGGAUGAGCACCGGGUGUUAUAUGUAAGUGAUGAAUCACUAAAUUCCUGAAAUCAUUAUUACACUGUAUGUUAACUAACUUGGAUUUAAGUAAUAAUUAAUUAAUUAAUUUUUAAAAACUCAGCAGUAGACAAACAAUCCAAUUAGAAAAUGGACAAAAACCAGAUGUUUUAUCAAAGAGAAUACAGAAAUGGCAAAUAACACAAUAAAAUAUGUUCAGCAUCAAUAGCCAUUAGGGAAAUGCAAGUUAAAACCAUGAUGAGGUAUCACUACACACUUACGAGAAUCAUUUUAAAAAAUAGUGACCAUAGUGGGGCGCCUGGGUGGCACAGUCAGUUAAGCAUCCAACUCUUGAUCUCGGCUCAGGUCGUGAUCUCACAGUUUGUGCGUUCCAGCCCCACAUUGGGCUCUGUGCUCAUGGCGUGCAGCCUGCCUGGGAUUCUGUCUCUCCUUCUCUCUGCCCCUCCCCUGCUUGUGCCCUCUGUCUUCUCUCAAAAUACAUAAAUAAACUUUAAAAGGUUUUAAUAAAUAAAAAUAAAAAAUAGGAACCAUACCAAAAGCAGAUCAGGAGGCAGAAAAAACCGAUCAUUCAUACAUUGCUGGUGAGAAUGUAAAAUAAUAUAGUCACUCUGGAAAAUAGUUUGUGUCUUCUUAGAAAACUAAACAGACACUAGCAAUCGCACUCCUUAUGGAGAAAUGAAAACUAUGUCCAUGCAAAAAUCCAUACAUGAAUGUUCACAGCAGCUUUACUUGUAACAGCUCUAAAUUAGAAACAACUCGAAUGUUCUUCAGUAAGGGAAUGGUUAAAUAAACUGUGGUACAUUCUAUACUCUGGAAUAAAACUCAACAACAAAAAACCCAAACUAUUGAUACAUGCAAUAACUGAGUGGAUGUUGAGGGCAUUCUUCUGAGUGAAAAAAAAAAAAAAAUGCCAAACUCGAGCCAGAGCAGGCAGAGGAGCCAGGAGUAGUGGGGUGGACAGAAGGGAGAGGGGGGAGCGAGUGUCCUUCACAGCUUCCCUCUCAAGCCACCCCCAGGUUUCUGGCCUGGGUCACAGCAUGUUAACCUCCCCCCUUCACCCUAAUAAUAAAGGACAUUGACAUGCACGAAGUUGUUCUGCAGCCUAGGCUUGGUCCAUCACCCCUAAAAGGCAGAGCUAAGCACCCUCUACGCACGUGUCUCCGCCCUAGAGGCGGUGUAUUGGAGAGUGGUUCUCACACUCGGCUGGGUAUCAGACCGGCCAGCUGAAUGGGGUGGUGCCCGGGGAAGCUGUGUUCCACAGGCUCUUCCAAUUCCUGAUGUGGCCAGCUAGGCAGAUCCUUCAGAGCAGCCCUCAUCUCUCCCUGCUCUUCACCACAGCCCCUCCCUGUCCUCAUCUCCUGCCGCCACUAGUCUCCCCUUCUCUCACCUCCUUCGGGCCCUUGCUCACAUCUCAUCUGGUCAGUGAAUGCUUCCCGUUCCAUCCAUUUUAAUAUGGCAAACAUUCUGCCAUUGCUCUCCCACUGCCCUCUGCCCCGUUUACUUUUCUUCUCACACUUAUUUCCCUCUGACAGGACAGUGGUGUGCUGGAACUGACUCAUAAGAGCUUGCAAAAGCCUAUUACACUCUUACAAGCUCUGCUGGCUGGUUGUUACACCUAGCCAUCAUUAAAAAUCAAAUUACACAAACUUAAUUAAAUUAAUGAUAUUAAAAACAAAGGCAAAAAAUGCUCAAACUCAUCACUUCGUAAUUGUUUGCUACCUUUUGCUAUUUAUUAUCUAUGUUCCUGAGAGUCUUCACUGUUGUGGAAAUAUAUAAUCAUAUGCUACUAUGCAUUUCCAUUCAAUUCUCUAUUCAGUGACAUCUCAUUGGUAGCUUGAAUUCAGCCCUGGUAGGAGUAUUCACACCCAAACAUAGGUACGUUAUAAAUCAGGUUUAUUAUUUUGUCGAUUGUCUGCACCAGGGGUUGAUCAUGGCCCAAAUCCAGCCCAACUACUUUUGUAAAUAAAGUUUUAUUGCAACACAGCCAUGCCUACUCAUUUGCAUACUAUCUGUGGCUGCUUUCACCCUACGAUAGCAGAGCUGAGCAGGUACAAUUAUAUGGCCUACAAAGCUUGACCUGUUUACUAUCUUGCCCUUUACAGAAGAAACUUGCCCACCCAUGGUCUAGCCUUAACAUCUAAUGGAGGAGAUGUUAAUAAUGCAAUUAAAUGUAAACACAUAUGUCCUGUCUCUAACUACUACAUUGUAAACAGCACACACACCAAAAAAAAUUGAGAAAACAUACUGCCGGUAUUUGAAAACUGAUCCAAUACAGCAAAUAAGUCGAUAUGUCAUUGGUGAAUAAGUGAAAUUCCAACAUUUUAUUCUUUCACUUUUUUACUUUCUUCCUCCUGAAAAUGUCAACAUUUAUGUUGGAGCUACAUUUGUUCAUCCAUAACAACCAUAGAUUGGCUAUGGAUAGGAGUUAGGCAAGACCCAGGAAAAGCAUACUGUUAAGAAUGAACUGGCUCUUUGGAAUUUACAAUAAAGAGUAUUGUAGAAUUUUAUUAUUUUAUAUUUGUAUCAGUAAAAUUUAUAAUACACACACAUAGGUAAACACAUUUUGCUUUACAAGCACGUGUACUGUUUUGUUUCCCCUCCAGCAGAAUGUAAACUCCUUGAGAGGAAGAAUGUUCUUUUAUCCCAGUGCUUAGAACAACACCUGACAUGUAGCACGUGCACAGUCAACAUAGGACGGGAGAGAACAGAUGAGCAUAGUUAGGAACCCCUGGUUUCAUGCAUUGACUGUCAGACCUUAAAUUUCCAGCUCCACCAUUAUCCACAUGUGUGGCCUUGAGUAAAUUAUUUAACCCCUUUGAACCCUGGCUUCUUUAUUUAAAAAGAGGAGACAAUUCUCUCACCUCACAGGGAGGUAAGAGAAUGCCUCUACCUGGCACCUACUAGGGUUUUCCACGAAUGGGAGUUUCCUCCUCACCCUCCACCCCUGCCACACACAUACUCCUUGGAGACCCAGCCCUGCUGCUGUCACAAAUUUCAGUGAUGUCACAGCCCCCCUUCCCUGGAAGCUCCAGCACAGCCCUCUUGACAGCCAGCCUGAGUGCUGGCCGAACUGAGAGGGGCAGGGUGCAGGUGGUGCCUGAUUCCAGUCUUGCCCCAGAUAUCUGUCUUUGAGGCCUCAAGGCCCCAGUAUGAGUCCAUCAGCAAGGAAGAGGCCCAAGAAUAGAAUGGUUUCCAAGCUACAAGAUGAAGAACCACGGGACAAGAUACAGCAACCUGUCAGCAAAGCAAUUAGGCGGAACCGACUUAAGAUGGUAUUAAAAAACUUGUCGCUCUUGAAGCUGCUCAAGAGCUCAAACCCCCGGAUCCAAGAACUGCAUAACUUGGCCAAAAGGUGUUGGAAUUCGUUGCUCAGAGUUCCGAAGAUCCUUGGGAUCUCCACCAGGAGCAGUAAUGUCUGCGAUAGAGUGGAACAAGGUAAUGAAGAGCUCCAAGAAGCUGGGUGCCCCGAGAAGACACGGGAAUCCAAGAAAUUACAGUCCACAGGGGAGCUCAAGCAGGGGUUGGGGGAGAGGAACAAGGCACAGGAGUCACCUGCAGCAGUGCUCCAGGGCAAAGAGCAGAUGGAGCCUGAGCUCCCAAGGACAUCGAAGGAUCAUGGCCUGACCGCUCUCCCUGGAGCCCAGGGAAGGCAAUCACCUAAAGGAGAACCCCGCAUCAUCUUCCUGAAGACCUACCAGCACAAAACUCCCAUGGGGGACAAGCAGCAGCUGGAGGCAGCUGACCAGUGGAUCUGGUUUGAGGGGUUGCCCACCCGAAUCCACCUCCCCGGGCCUCGCGUGAUGUGCAGAUCGUCCACCCUGCGCUGGGUCAAGCGCUGCUGCACGCGCUUCUGCUCUGCGUCACUCGAGCUGCCCAUGUGCCAUCCGUACAGAGUGUGACGACACCACUGCCAGGCCGGGGUGGUGUGACCUUGGACGGGAGCCAGAGGUGUGACAACGGAGACGUCGCAAUCAUCUGAGCGGGAGGGAUGGGCGGG